AUGUCAUUCUCAUGGCGAUCCGGCAGAACCCUGCCACCUGAGCAGGCCGUCAUCUUUUCACAGAAGGCCUCUCCAUCAGCGUCGGGCAAGAUGCAAUUGCGGCAUGCCAUGUGGGUGUGGAACACCGCCCAACUACUCACCGACACACCACAAGUCGACCGUCUCGUUUCAGCCGCUGGACCGCCCGUCAACCUCACGGACAUAUACCUCUACGUCGCACCCGGCUGGUGGGAGGAGAAAGGUGCUAGCAUUGCAGACCUCAACACAAGGCUUCACGGAGCCGACAUUCGCGUCUGGGCUCUCGACGGCGACGUUGCUUACAUCGAUAACACCACCGCACAAGCGACUUUCCUCCAAAGCCUCCGAGACCUGGGGGGCUUCAACGAACGCGUCCCCCCAGCUGCCCGCUUCCACGGCUUUCAAGCCGACAUCGAGCCCCAGGACACGUCAGACCACCAUGGGUAUUUCAUGAACGGCAUGGCAGAGUCGAAGCUUGCGGCUCCACAGCGUACUUCGCGGGACGACCAUCUGCGCAAUUGGCUCGCCAUCCUCACCCAAACAAGCAAUCUCACACGGAGCUACGGCCUGGAAGUCGGCGCGGCGUUACCAUUUUGGCUACACGACUAUGAAGGCGAGACGCUCACUGUCAGUGUCCCUUCGCCUAACGGCACCCAGCGGACGUCUGUCAUGGAGCUUAUCAUGCCCUUACUGGACGAGUACGUGGUCAUGAGCUACAACACUAUACCGACUACAGCGGCAAACUUCGUGUCGGAGCAGGCGAAGUACGCAUCUGAUCAAGCGCGGAACGGCAGCGUCAAGAUGACUCGAGUUCUGGGGGCCGUUGAAACAGCAAAGGGUAUCGGCCAAGGCGUAUCUUAUGGCGAUACGCCGGGCAAAGACUCGAGGACGGCUGUGCUCGAGGACACCAACACGAUUGAGAGCGGGCUUGCUCGAUAUUCGGCAUUUGGUGGUCUGGCGAUACAUCAUUGGGCUGCGUGGGAAGCACUUGCGCCGUAA